UGAGUGGCAGGGGAACCGGAAGUGGGGGCGCUGCUGCGGGUGUUGGGGCCCGAGGAGGGACGCGCCGGAGCGGGGCCGCCGGGACUGAGCGAGCGACAGACGCGCCACCCGCCGACUCCGCAGCCGCUUGGGGCCCGUACGGACCCACUGCCUGAGUGUAGAAUGAGCCAAGGAGACUCAAACCCAGCAGCCAUUCCACAUGCAGCAGAAGAUAUUCAAGGAGAUGACAGAUGGAUGUCUCAGCACAACAGAUUUGUCCUGGACUGUAAAGACAAAGAGCCCGAUGUCCUGUUUGUGGGGGACUCCAUGGUGCAGUUGAUGCAGCAGUAUGAGAUAUGGCGAGAGCUUUUUUCCCCACUUCAUGCACUGAAUUUUGGAAUUGGGGGAGAUACGACAAGACAUGUUUUGUGGAGAUUAAAGAAUGGAGAACUGGAGAAUAUUAAACCUAAGGUCAUUGUUGUCUGGGUAGGAACAAACAACCAUGAAAAUACAGCAGAAGAAGUAGCAGGUGGAAUCGAGGCCAUUGUACAGCUUAUCAACACAAGGCAGCCACAGGCCAAAAUCAUUGUGCUGGGUUUGUUACCUCGAGGUGAAAAGCCCAACCCUUUGAGGCAAAAGAAUGCCAAGGUGAACCAGCUCCUCAAAGUUGCCCUGCCGAAGCUUGCCAACGUUCAGCUCCUGGAUACAGAUGGGGGCUUCGUGCACUCGGACGGUGCCAUCUCCUGCCACGACAUGUUUGAUUUUCUGCAUCUCACAGGAGGGGGCUACGCAAAGAUCUGCAAACCCCUCCAUGAACUGAUCAUGCAGUUGUUGGAGGAAACACCUGAGGAAAAACAAACCACCAUUGCCUGACUGGCUCCCAUCAGUGUUAAUAGUGUCCCAGCUUCCUCAGAUCAGUUCUAUCACUGGCACUACAGAGUCCUUCUCUUUCUUAAGGCACUUUGCAUUGUAGAAUGUUCCUGGAUGUUCAUAUCUAGUGUUUGAAGGGGAGGAGGGAUUUAAACUGGUCCUGUACAUAGAAGGUUUGUUUGACACAGGAGAAAAAUUAGCCAAGGAAGAUGGUUGUUUAAAUUCAUUUGAAACCAGAAGGAGCUUUUUAGUUGUAUGUGUGACACAUUCGUUGAAUUAUCACUGUUUUUCCUAGGACAACAUGAAGCCUAAGUACUGAACAAAAUGAAGAUUCUUUUCAUGGCCUUUCGUUGUAUGGAUUAUGUCAUAUAUAAUAAUGAUCAGAAUCACACCUACUUGGCUUUAAAACAGAUGUUUUUCCAGUUCAUAAUUUAGCCCUUUGUUUUUAUUUUGCUUUACUCGUAUGUAUUCUCAAUGUUAUCUUAACAUACAACAUCAGAUUGAACAUGCUUGUGACUCAGAUAUGGGAGAUGCUAUAGUUACAAGUGAAUUUGUUCCACUCUCUUAAUCUUUCCCAUGCUUAGCAGUGAAAAAUAGGUUUUGCCCCAUUUGGGGGACUCUGCGGAGGGUGUUAUUUAUAUGCUGCCGAAUAUCAUGUCUGUAAUAGACCCAUGCAUGCAGCCUUUCCUCUAUUCCCCCUCAUCCCCUCUUUCUUUGGGGGGGUCGUUGUUGACAUUACAUGCUUUUAACACAUUUCUGACCUAGGAGCUCUAUUGCUGGGAGUGUAAGUCCCCAGCCAGUUACUCUCAUGAUAUUACUGAUGUGUGACUCAUUCUUGUGUGGUGUUCUGUGCUAUCGAGUCUGUGUAGUGCUAUCCAUAUUCAGAGUUCUGGUUUGUUUUUUGUUUGUUUUUUCCUUAAAACCUGUUACAGUUUUUCUUUUUUGGAGGGGAAAAAUCAGAACUCUGUUUCCCACUCCAUAAGCCCUGAUGUUAUUUCAAGUUUUGUACCAUUUAAGAUGUAUAUUUUAUUUUAUUUUUUUUUAUUGGCUUAGUUUUUAAAUUAUUAUCAGUCCAGAAAAAUUUGGCCUCUUCUCAUGGGGAAGUAGGUGAGACUGCUCUUCAGGAGAGACUGUCUGCUUGAUCCCACCGUGUUAGUGAAAAAAAGAACUAGGUUUGUUUAACCUUCAGAAUUUCUCCUUAAUAUGUCUUCGUCUGAGACUUUCAAGAGAGCUCUUUAUAAUCUUAAUGGUUUGUGAGCUACAGGAACUGCCAUUUGAAAAAUGAUAGGACAACAGGUGGUUUACUGUUGAACAUACCUGUGGAAUAUGUACAAACUGGAUCUACAAACAUAUUUUAAACUGGACCAGGUGGAUAUUGAAGUAACCCAUCAAAAUGCUCUGCAGUGAUUCUGCUUAAUGUUCGAGUUCAAUAUCUAAGGCCUGUGUUUCAUGCUUUGCUUGCGAUGCACAUGGCAUUGCUUUUGUAUGUUGGAGGGGGAUUUGUGAUUUGUGCUAAGAGCCACUUCUGAUUGAAAGGGAUAGAAUUUGGGCUGAUUUUUUUCUUGUCAAGGCUCUUUCUAGGAAUUUUGUUUUUUGUCUUUAAAAAGAAAAAAACAUACUUUGUUGAAAGUAUCAUGUCUUCAUUAACAACUGAAAAUAUACUUUGUGUUUACUAAACUUGUUUACUACAUUAAAACUUCCUUUUUAUUUUUAGUAGCCCAGGUUCUUGAGUUUUUCAAGACAGAUUAUUUUUUUUUUUCUUAGCUGAGAUAUAGUUCUAGGGAGGAGAACUAAGCCACAAUUUUGUGUGUGAAGAGACAGUUUCCUAUCCAGGUCUUCUGUUGUCAGAGGGUGGGAGUAUGGUCCAAACAAACCCCAUUAGGUUACUCCUGCAGCAUGUGCUUUUAGCUUCUCUCUAGACUAAGGAUCAAAUAUCCCUUUGUGAGCGGGCCUUCAGCUCCUUUGCUUCUGUGUGUAAACCUUGAAUGUUACUACAUUUUAUAUUUACCAGAGCUAUUCGAGCAAUAGUAUUUGAACCACUAGCCUUUUAAAUAAAAGUCUACCCCAUUGCUAAUGUGCAGACCUUGAGUCCACUUUCAUUUCUUGCCAGCUUUCUCUGUACUGCUUUAGGCAUAAAAUAUCUAUUUUUCUUUGACACCCUGGUUUGCUGCAGUAUCAGAACUUAACGCUCAAUCUUUGGUUUUCAUAUAUAUAUAUACACACAUACACAUAUAUAUGAAAUUUAAUGCACUGUCCAAGUGAAAUGUAGUUGUGAUUAAGGGGCCAACUUUCUAGGCAGCCAAAGGAAGUGUUACUCUGUCUCCCUGCAAAUGUUAAUUCCUUUGCCCACUCAUUCUCACCACACUAGGUGGCAGCUGAUGAUGGCACAAUAAAGAUUUCUGUGGUCCCAUCUUGAAUGUGGCAGGUUGAAAACUACCAGGGGUGCUCUAGGACAUGUGCUGCCCACAUAUUCUAGACAUACUGCUACCACCUUGAGUCUAUUUGGACUUUGUCUAAACCUUAAUCUUGUCAAAAACUUUAACCCAUCAAAACAAAUCAAGUAGCUCAUACUCUGCUCUUAGGAAUUCUGUGUCUUGUUGUUUAUAAUGUUCAACUUCCUUUUUUAUUUGUUUAACCUAGUCACUGUUUACAGUUGUGUGCUAAAGCCUGAAAUAAUGUCUGUGCUGUGAUGUAUGAGCAUUGCCAAGUUUAUAUUUAUUGCAGCAAGGAAGAAACUAAAGAUAUAUGGAAACGAGGAGCAUGGCCACGCUCCUAAAUCUGUGUGGGUGCAUGUGGGAGAAGUGAGUUGGGGUCUCUUGAAAGGAGGCUUUUUCGGGUGGGGUCUCCCAGGCUUCUCCUUGGUGUUCCUACUUGGGGACCCCCGCUGCUAGCUGACUGGACCUCCCCAGUGGAAGUUUGUGAUUCCGCUUUGGCAGUUUCAUUGACUAGUAGAACUCAUUCUGUUUUAGUGCAUAUUUCAAUAUAAAUGUAAACAUUUCACUCAAA